GAUAUCUCUUCGGCCAAAGUCGCCAGCCGAUAUGGCUACCGGCUACGGCAGUAACAAUACAGGAAUUGCCGAUGCGAUUACAAAACUCAACUCUAUUACAGCACACAUGUAAAUAAACGUGCAUUUACGUCAAAACCGCGACCUAAUCCCAUAAAAGUGACAUCACGGAAUAAGAUUACAAAGGAACGGACGGUAUUUACUCAGUUUAAUCACGACUGUAGAUGCCGGCGGAUGACAUGAACCGAGAUAUUGGCUGGUAAAUGUUUCGGCUCCGAGCGUCGUCGAGAUGGACCUUUUGGAAAACCUGAUCGUUCUAUCGGAAAAAGCGGCAAGGAUAGCCAGGCUGAUCAGGAAGGAUGAGCACCUCUUCAGGCUGCUGGUAGAGCAGAAGAAACCGGACGAGGCUAAUCCGAGGUUCGUGGACGAUUUCAAAACAUUGGCGGACGUUUUGAUACAGCAGAUGAUCAAGUAUUUCUUGGAGUUGCGGUUUCCAGGGAUUGCAGAAAGGGUUAGAGGGGAAGAGAACAACACAUUUCGUAACACACUGGGUCAAGAGAUUACUGUAGAAAUCAAGAAAACUCUUCAGGAAACUGCCGAUUUAUUGAGAAUUAUACUGAAUGGAGAUUCGACAGCAGCAUAUCUUCUGGCGGAAGAGGUACAUAGACACGUUGAUAUUCGAGACGUUAACACGAAGAGGGUAGAAUAUGACUGGUGGAUGGACCUUCAGGAGAUUGGAAUAUGGAUAGACCCGAUAGAUUCCACAGCGGAAUAUAUCAAUGCUAGUGAAGAUUCCAGUGGGGAGGGCCAAUCCGGGUUGAACUGUGUGACGAUAUUGAUUGGAGCGUAUGACAUAGGAACUGGCGAAGCUGUUUUGGGAGUUGUCAAUCAACCAUUCUGCUCUAAUGUCGACAACUGUUGGAAAGGCGAAUGUACUUGGGGAGUCAGUUACAAUUCCACCAAAAUCAAUUCCCUUAAUACUCCACCAACCAGAAGUCACUGUGCUUAUUUGAGCAGUUCAGAAGACGAAGCUGUGAAGACGCGGCUGAUAAAUAAAGGUUAUAUCAUCAAGGAAGCUCCUGGUGCUGGCAAUAAGAUACUCAAGGUUAUCAAAGGACAAGGGGAUUGCUACGUUUUAUCCAAGAGUACAACUUUCAAAUGGGACACGUGUGGUCCUCAAGCCAUUCUGAAAUCUCUUGGUGGUGAUAUUGUAAGCUAUUCGGAAGCUCUUGAAAAUAGAAUAGUCAGCCUGAAAUAUCCUCACGAUGUUGAAGGUAAAAGUGGUACUAGUAAUGGAGGAGGAUUGCUUGCAUUCAGGAUGCCGGAGAUUUUAGAAGACUUUAUAGAAGAAAAAUGACAAUAACUAGUACCUGCAAUUAUUUUCACAUUAUGUAUACAAGUAGUUCUUAUUUCAACCAAUAAAGUAUUGAUUUCGUU